CUAUGUGGCUGUGUCGCGGCGAUACCAUACUCCGAUGCCAUUGAAAGAAAGGUGGACCCACAAUUGAUGGCACGGAUUUGACGAUAGCGGCCGAUCCCGGUUUUUUCAACUUUCUUCCCCAAUGCUCAUCUUCAGACUUCAAGCUUCAGGAUGCCCUACGAUAUUACUUCGAUCCGCCAAGACACUCUCCGUUCUGAGAUUUCUCGUUUACGAGGAAAGCCAGUCAUCGAAAUGGAGCAAGUGAGAGUAUACAAGUUGGUAUUCAACGUGGUUCUCGAAGGAGGAGAGCGCAUGAUUGCGCGCUGUGAACGAGCUGGACCUGAUCAAGAAGAUCCCCGCGAGGUUCAGCGUAGAUUGCACAAGCACGCUACUGUCCUAGAUACUUUGCAGAAAGCCUACGACAUUCCUGUUCCACUUGUCUAUCAUAUCGAGCCAAAUCCAGAGGUAAUUGGUGCUCCUUGGAUCCUAAUGGAGCGCAUUCCUGGUGGCGAGCUUCAUUAUGUUGUUAGCCGCUGGGAAAAGGCUGUCCGGGAAGAUAAUAUGAAAAUUGUGAUUGGACAGUAUGCGGCCGUCUAUGCACGCAUUUUUGACACCAUUACGCCUGAGCCGCUUUCCUCAAUGUUGGUCGAAGAACGUCAACACGACCACUCCGAUUCCAUGCCUCCUGCCUUUGACAUCAAACUCCAUUACGAGUCUUCCACCAAUGAUCCUGAUGUUCUUCGUGCCCGCGCCUAUCGACAACAAACAGCCACCUUUAUUGCGCAUCGCUUCUGGGAUUCAAUGUAUGAGGAGUAUGGUGCUGAAGCUGAAGGACGACCUGAGCUUCCUCUCCUUCACAAACUUAAGGCUCUCGUUCCUGCUUUUAUCCCUUCGGUCGAGGCAUACCUUGAAUUAGAUGAUAAUGGGCAAAGUCUGCUUGGUUCGAAGAAGCUACACCACUUCGACCCGUCGGUUUCCAAUAUCAUGGUUGAUCCUGACACUGCUAAAAUCACUGGCAUUAUUGACUGGGAGUUCACGGUGGCUGUUCCUGCUCUGCUCUCUGCAGCAUAUCCUGAAUGGAUAAGGUAUGAUGGACAGCAGAGUCCCACAAGCCAUUGGUCUAGCCACCUCCUCCAGCUUUCCCCUGAUAAGUUCGAGUAUGGGAUGUGGCGGGAUAUGUAUGAGGAGGAUGUCGGAAAAAUAUCCAUGGAUUACCUCAAAGCUCUGCGUGCUGGCAGAGAAUUACAAGAACUCGUCGACUGGUGUAGAUUUGCUGUUUAUGGUCGACCUCUGGAUGAACGCAUGGCUUUCCUUGAUAGUUGGGUAAACAGCAAGGCUACCAAGUUUGGGGUGGAUGUGGAGUCUAUCCCCAUUCGCCAAAAGAAAGAUUGGAUGUGAUAUAUCAAUUUUGUUUGUCCAAGUGGUGUAAUUAAUAGAUAGGUACCCACGUUUCUGACUAGCAUCAAUCUCAGUUUCUUCAAAAUCUUAUUUUAUAGUGGUUCAGACAGUUUCCCAAGGUCAAAGAAGUUGAUAGAACGUACUGUCACUGUUCUCUACCAGAUCGAAUUUUAUGUUGCGAACAAACGGAA